UUCAAAAAUUCAUCGUGUACGUUAAUUAAUUUAAGGCAUGGCUGCAUUGGGACGUGACUUUGUGUUUGAGGAUUUCUUUCCGUCUAUGGUGGAGAAACUAGGGUCGGAAGGGUUCUUGAAUGAGCUAAAGAACGGGUUCCGGGCAUUGAUGGAUAAGGAGAGGGAAGUGAUCACGUUUGAGAGCUUGAAGAGGAAUUCGGCGUUGUUAGGGUUGGAAGGAAUGAGUGAUGAUGAACUAAUGUGCAUGUUGAGGGAAGGGGAUUUGAAUGGAGAUGAUUGCUUGAAUGAGAAGGAGUUUUGUGUGCUAAUGGUAAGGUUGAGCCCUGAUUUGAUGGAAAAAUCGAGAAUGUGGUUCGCUCAUAGCGUUGAAAAUGAUGUGAUGUAGGCUCGUAUUAGCAUGUGCUUUAUUAUGGGCAUUCAUGUUGGAGUAGGAUUAUUAAGCUAUGCUAGCUAGGUCUAUUAGUU